AUGCCUCAUGAUCAGAACGGCGAUCUCCAAGUCUUUGAAAAUCUCAACAAGGCCCAAGGCAUUUAUUGCAGAAGAUCUGAUGAAGGUGGAAACAGCCAAAAUGGAGAAGACCCAAGCAUCUCCCAGGCUCCAGCUUCCACUAAGAGCUCACACCGAGAUCCUCUAACCAAGAGGGCAGGUUUAUUGGAGCAGUUCCUGCUGUACAAGUAUAAAAUGAAACAGCCCUUCACCAAGCAUGAUCUUAUCAACAGAAAGUAUAAACAGCAAUUUCCUGAGAUCCUGAGGAGAGCCGCUGAGCGCAUGGAGCUGGUCUUUGGCCUCGAAUUGAAGGAAACCAACCCCAGCAAUAACUCCUAUGAACUCAUCAGCCAGCUGGAUGUCAGCAAAGGAGGAAGUCUGUGUGGUGGCACAGGUUUGCCCAAGACAGGUCUCCUGAUGACCCUCCUGGGCGUGAUCUUCGUGAAUGGCAACCGGGCCACUGAGAAAGAUAUCUGGGAAUUCCUGAAUGCGUUGGGGAUCUACGCUGGGAGGAGCCACUUACUCUUUGGGGAGCCCAGGAAGUUCAUCACCAAAGAUUUAGUGCAGGAUAAGUACCUGGAGUACCGGCAGGUGCCCAACAGUGAUCCUCCAUGCUACGAGUUCCUGUGGGGUCCCAGAGCCCAAGCUGAAACCACCAAGAUGAAAGUCCUGGAUUUCAUGGCCAAGUACAACGAUACAGUUCCCAGUUCCUUCCCAGCUCUGUAUGAAGAGGCUUUGAGAGAUGAGGAAGAGAGAGCCGGAGCCAAAGUUGCAGCCACGGCUAGUUCUACUCUUACAGCCAGUGCAUCUUCCAGGGCCAAGUCGAGUAGAUUCUCUCGCAUCUAG